AUGGGCAACGGGCAUUCCAUAGCCAUUAAUACCGGUGCUACCGUAGCGCAAGCCGUAUCCAUUCCGGUGACGGGCCUGCCCGCCGGCUUUCACCAACUCUACCUGCGCGUUAAAAAUACAAAUGGCAACUGGGGACAUUACCAGACAAGGGCUUUCCUGGUGACCAAUAUGGGUAAUGCCAACGCCGACAUAACAGCUAUAGAAUAUUUCUUCGAUACCGAUCCCGGAAACGGACGGGGCCAUUCGAUCAGUGUAAGCCAAUCGGCUGAUGUAAACGAGGUAAUUGCCAUACCAGUCAACGGGUUGGCAACCGGCUUUCACCAGUUAUACCUGCGUGCCAGAAACAAUAUGAAUAUAUGGGGUCACUACCAGACACGUUCUUUCGUGGUGACGCAGAUCAAUAACAGCAACCGCAAAAUAGCGGGUGCAGAAUAUUUUGUAGAUACCGAUCCUGGUAACGGCAACGGAACGGCUAUUGCCAUUAACCCACCCGGCGAUUCCAUUAACCAGACCAUGACCCUGUCUAUUCCUUCCGGACUCGCGGAGGGCAACCACCAAUUGUAUAUCCGCACAAAAAACGAGCAAGGACAAUGGAGCCUUUUCCAGGCGUCCACCUUUAUUGUAAAACCGCCCAGACCAGGCAGUGGUUUUGCGUUACAGCUGGAUGGCAAUAAUGAUGCGAUUGCCCUGGGUACUCAUUUUAACUACCAGACAUUUUCUGUAGAAAUGUGGUUAAAGCCAGGUGCCACACAAUCAUCCAACGCAAAUAUCAUAGAUAACAACCAUACCAGUAGCCGUUCCUGGAGAAUACAACAGGUGGGUGCCAACACCAACCAGUACGACCUGGGUGGCGGCUUCCCCACCCUUGCACCGUUUACAUUGAAGGCUGAUGAAUGGCAGCAUGUAGUGAUCACAGCCUCUCCAACCCAAAAAGCAGUUUAUGUAAAUGGGCGGCUGGUAAGCAGCGACGGCGCUGCUACGAUCACCUAUGAUGGUACGGAAUCGCUACACCUGGGACGCUGGGCUGGCGGUGGCUACAACUGGAACGGACAAAUGGAUGAGGUGCGUAUCUGGAAUACGGCGCUCACAGAAACCGAGAUCAGGGAUCGUAUGUGCCGGAAAAUAACCAGUGCAGAUGCGCUGUACAACAACCUGCUCAGCUAUUAUAAUUUUGAUGAAAAGACCGGCGACAUCCUGGCCGAUGAUAUAGGCGGCCAUGCAGGCACCCUUAUGAACGGCCCUGCAUGGGUAAACAGUGGUGCACCGAUCGGCAAUUUCAGUGCUCAUAGUUAUGCCGGGGCUACGGCUACCGCCAACCUGCACAAUGAUAUAAUUACUUGCGAACUGACCAGCAACAGUACCUGCGUGAGCCCGGCCACAGCCACCAGCAAUGCCAUCACCAUGACCAUCACCACCGGUUUGACCGCAGCGGUUACGAUCACGGCAGUGCCGGGUAAUACCAUCUGCGCGGGCACCCAGGUAACCUAUACGGCACAUCCCGUAAAUGGCGGCACAGCUCCGGUCUAUCAAUGGUAUAUCAACGACAUCGCGACCGGCGGCAACGCUGCAACUUAUACCAGUAGUACCUUCAACAAUGGUGAUAAGAUUACCUGCAGUAUGGCUACCAAUGCUUCCUGCGCCACACCCGCCACGGUGGCCAGCGUGGCAGACACCUUGCAUGUAAACCCCGUAUUAACACCUUCCAUCACCGUUGCCGCUAAUACCAGCGAUACUAUUUGUGCAGGCACCAGGGUUACCUUUACCGCCAGUGUGACCCAUGAAGGACCGGCUCCUGUGUAUCAAUGGAAGAAAAACAAUAACAUCGUUGGUACAAACAGCAGUACCUAUAGCGAUUCGUUGCUCAAUCAUAACGACCAGAUCACCUGUACCCUGCUCAGCAAUGCACUUUGCGCUAACCCGGCGACCAUCAGCAGCGCGGCCAAAAUAAUGUCGGUUCGCUCAACGGCGGCACCGUCUAUUACUAUUUACAGCAAUACCGGUACAACGAUCUGCUCCGGCACUCCGGUUACAUUUACCGCAAGUAUAGCCAACGGCGGUGACCUUCCUUCCUACCAGUGGAUGAAGAACAAUGCUGCAACUGGCACCAACAGUUAUCAAUACACAGACAACAACCUGUCUGACGGCGAUGUGAUCACCUGCCAGCUGACCAGUAGUAAUACCUGCGCCAUGCCGCUAACAGCCAUCAGCAAUGCAAGCACAAUGACGGUAAAUGCCUACCAGCUGCCAGCGAUCUCCAUUAGCAGCAACCGGGGCAAUGUAAUCUGUGAGGGAACCGAGGUGACCUUUAUGGCUCAUAUAACCAACGGUGGCACAUCACCCACUUAUCAAUGGAAGAAGAACAAUAUCCCGUUCCUGGCCAAUGGUUUGCCGAUUGGUAAUAAGGUUCCGGUAUCUGGCCUUGGCGGUUCCGGCGCAACGACCACCGUAGUUUCCGAUGCAUAUACGGUGUCCGCAGAUAGCUGCCCGGUAAGGAUCACGGCAAUCGUUGAUGUCAAUCAGUCGAUCGCAGAACUGAUAGAAACCAAUAAUACAGACACUAUGCAACUGGCUGUCGACCUGCUCAGCGGUGUAGGCUGUAAUGGACUGGGAUCAUCCUGCAACCCUUAUGUGGUAGUAAAAAAUGCGGUCAACCACUUUACCAGCGUGGUUCGUAAUAACGGCACACGCGAUGCAGGUCCGGUAUCAGUUCAGUUUACCGUAAACGGACAGCAGGUGGGCAGCGACCAGAUCCCGGGCAUCCAGGCGCAGGCCGGAGCCGGCACAGGCCCAUUCUUCGUCACCUUUUUCGUAUCCCUGUUUGUACUGGUGAUGCAGUUUUUCUGGCUAUAUAUGGAUGAGCUGCUGGGGAAAGGACUGGGCGCCUGGAUGAUCCUGCAACUGCUAUUUUUCAUGAGCAGCACCAUGGUGCCGCUGGCCCUGCCGUUGGGUAUAUUGCUGGCUUCGAUCAUGACCUUCGGCAAUAUGGGAGAGAACUAUGAGCUGGUAGCCAUCAAGUCGUCCGGCAUUUCGCUGCUGCGGUUUAUGCGCCCGCUGCUGAUCCUGAUCCUCUUCAUCUCCGGUGGUGCCUUUAUAUUCAAUAACAAUAUUAUCCCGGUUGCCAACCUGAAAGCCUUAUCGCUUUUAUACAACCUGCGCAACUCCAAGCCCACGCUCAACAUCCGGGCGGGCAUGUUUAAUCAUGAUAUUCCUAAUUAUGCGAUUAAGAUCGGUGAGAAGGAUAAGGACGACCGUACUAUCCGCAAUGUGAUCAUCUACGAUCAGUCGAGCGGGAUGGGCAAUGAUAAUGUAGUGCUUGCGGAGAAGGGCGAAAUGAUCUCGUCGACAGACAAACGUUACCUGAUCUUCCGGCUGCAAAAUGGCUGGCGCUACCAGGAAGGCUUCAAUAAUAAUAUGGUGAGCCGCGGUAUGGGCGCCGAUCAGAUGCGCAUGCAUUUUAAACAGUAUGACAAGGUGUUUGACCUUUCUGCCUUUAAGAUGAGCAAUACCAGCCAGGACUUGUUUAAAGGCAAUUACCAGAUGAUGAAUGUGCAGCAGCUGAUUGCCAAUAUUGACACGAUCAAACAAAACCAGCAGCACGACAUCGAUAUAUCCGUCCGCUAUAUAACCCCCUAUGUACAGGUGAUCAAUAAUACGGAAGAAAGUAAGGAGAUCCUGAAAAAGAUCUUGUCCGGCAAAGACACGGUGCUGACCUACCAGCAAUCGUUCCUGGAGCGGGUGCCCGAUUCGCUGCGCAACCGUGUGACAGACCUGACCAAUAGCAACCUGAAGAACCAGGCCAGCAUGAUCGGGUAUUCGAAGAAACGGGUAACGGAGAAUGAACCGGCCCGCGAUUUUACACGCUGGAUGUGGAUCCUGUUCUGGGUAGUGCUGAUCCUUUUCUCCAUUGUGAAGACCAAGAUCGUCCACUAUUCAUCGCUGUGUUACUUCCCGCUCACGUACCUCGCCGCCGUGCAAUUGUAUCGCCUGGGCAAUGAAGAAGACACGAUCAAAAAGAGCGUAAAAGUGCUGCUGUUGACCAUAGGUUCCCUGCUGGCGAUUGCCAUUACGGCCCUGCCGCUGGUGGGUAUGAAUAAAGAAAAGCUGAUCCCCUAUAUAGCCGAUCCUUUUGCCGUAGGCAACUUCCAGGCGGAUGUGCCGUGGCAUUGGGCAGAAAGCCUCUGGGGUUUCGUUUAUCUUGCCGGUAUCUGGAUCUGCUGCCUGCUGAUGCGCCGUCAUUUCAGAAAAAGUAUGAUUGCCUUAUGCCUCUUGCAGAUCAUGAUCAUCCAGGCAGAGCUCGGCGCCUUAUUUGGCGAUAAUAAAGACCUGUCCCCGGAAGUAGAACAGGAAUUUCUGAAACAAGUGCAGGCCUUCCAUGAGCAGCAGCAACAUGCCCCGCUGAUCAAAGUAAAAGACUAUGUACAAAUAAAUGAUCUGCCGGACGCAAAAGACCUGCCGGACGAAGCAAUUACCCAGGCCUGGGCCAACCUGGAACAACAGCUUUUAGAGAAACAGCUCCAGAUACCGGCAGACGUGUUCAAGCCGCGAAAAGAAAAACUCUUUGCACAAUUGGGUAUUAAUGAAUUCCUGCACAAACGCAUCGGACAGCUAUCUACCGGGAUGAAACAAAAGGUAUCCAUUGCGCGUACCAUGAUCCACAACCCCGAUGUCGUGAUUUUUGACGAGCCCACCUCCGGCCUCGAUGUGAUCACCGCCAAUAAUAUUAUUGAAUUGAUACGCACCUGUAAGGCAGAAGGAAAAACGGUGAUCUUCUCCUCUCAUAUCAUGAGUGAAGUAGACCUGCUCUGCGAUGAGCUGGCCAUCAUCAACCAGGGGCGAAUUAUCUAUGCAGACACGAUGGAACAGUUCCGGCAACAGUCGGGCAACCAGUCGCUGACCGAAACCUUUAUCCAAAUCGUUAAGAACAAC